AUGCCUAACUAUGAUGAGUUUGUGAUGGAACCAUUCUACUUUCCUGAGUUUCUUCAGGCUGACGACCAAGAUGAGGUCGCCGAAAAUCGAGGCGCUUACCGCAAUACGACAAAUUGGUGUCUAUUUGGUGAGAUCGUGAGAAUCGAGCUCUUUACCCGCUUAGUCCUCUUCUGCCGCGACAAACGCGACUUUGCGUUCCUCGUCGCUUUCUAUCCAGAUGGAAAUGCGCAGGUCGAUCCUCGCCCAUACAAGAUUGGGCAUACUGUUGCAGUCUUGAAUACCACUACCAAGAGAUUCUUGGAUGGAAGGGAGGGAGUUCGCGUGGAGAAGCUGGAGACUUGUCGGGCCUUUCCCUUGAAACUGGCAGACCUUUACCAGAUGAACACAGAGCUUGUCAAGUACACUGGAGGAAUUGACGAGCAAAGUGGCACUCGUCCGUGUCAGGCCUGUGGCAAGGAAGCACAGGAGCGCAAGAAGUGUGGCGGCUGUGGUUACUACCACUAUUGUGAUACGGUACGUUACUGUCGAGGUGCGAUUUUGAACGUGAAUGCUGACGAGCUGCAGGCGUGCCAAAAGAAGGCCUGGGAGGGCAAGAACCACAAGAAGGAAUGCAAGGUCCUCAAGAAUCCCAAUAUGAGAAUGCUGCUGAAUCUCAAAGCCGCCACCCAAGCUCUCCGAUUCACAGAUUGA